UUAACUACUCCGUAGCAUUUAUGUUUGAUAGUGAUUCGUGAAUUUAAAACUGAGAAAGUAGUUGUAAGUUGGCCACGAUUUCAUUGUAAUGGUCAUGGAUUACAUCACCAUCUUAACUACUGAAAUCUCAAAGAUUUCCACUAAGAAUUUCUUGUACACCUUCUCCAUUUAUCUAAGUUCAAUUCAAAAAAAACGUGAGCCACGAGUCCACGAUACUCGGACAAUCACACAGUUGGUUCAGAUAAUAACAUGCUUAAAUUACAGUCAAUAGUGUAGUUUUCUUGUUUCUAUUCCCACAUUUUAUUCAAUCUUCUCAAAAAACAAAAGCUCAAACUCCUCUGCUUUUCCAACAAUGGAGAAAAUAGUACUUUACCCUUCACCAGGAAUCGGCCAUUUAAUCUCCAUGGUUGAGCUCGGAAAACUUCUCUUAUCUCAUUCAUCUUCUAUCUCUUCCAUUACCAUUCUAAUCGCAAACUUCCCAUCACUGAGUAGUUCAUAUUCAUCCUAUAUCUCUUCUGUUUCGGCUUCGUUCCCUUCGAUCACCUUCCUUUCUCUUCCUUCAAUUCCUCUACUACUUGGUGAUCCAUCAAAUUACGAAGAUGUUGAACAUAUGCUUUAUGAAAUUCUUCGAAGUAAUAGCCAAAAUGUCAAACAAUCCCUCGAAUCGAUUUCUAUCUCUUCUCCUGUUUCAGCCUUCAUUAUUGACUUCUUUUGUUACUCUGCUGUUGAAGUUUCUCAGACACUUAAAUUACCCACUUACUUUUUCUUCACUUCUGGCGCUUCUGCUCUAGCAUUCUUUCUUAAUUUCCCGGUGUUCGACAAAAUUGCCACUGAUUCUUACAGGAACCUUAAGGAUUCGGCUUCUUUUGAGAUUCCGGGAUUGUUCUCUGUUCCUGCUAGUCAUAUGCUCGAGCCUAUGCUUGAUCGAGGUGUGAGUUAUCAUGAGUUUGUUAAAAUGGCUGAAACUAUGCCCAAGUCCGAUGGGAUCAUCGUUAAUACUUUCGAGUCGUUAGAGGUUAAAGCUGUUAAGGGUUUGAAGCAGGGGACUUGUCUUCCUGGUACUCAAAUCCCUCCUGUUUAUUGUAUUGGGCCUUUGUUUGCUAACCGUGGCGCCGGUGCGGAGAAUAAUGGUGAAGAGAGGCAUGAAUGUCUGAAGUGGCUUGAUUCGCAACCAAGUAAAAGUGUUGUGUACCUGGGGUUCGGGAGUAGAGGUAUGUUUUCUAAGGAGCAAAUAUGGGAGAUAGCUUUUGGGUUAGAAAGGAGUGGGGUGAGAUUUCUGUGGACUGUUCGGGCCCCUCCUAGUCAAGAAAAGGGUGCCAAUUUGUCCCAGCCACCGGAUCCGGAUCUGGACUCGAUCCUUCCAGAAGGGUUUUUGGAUCGGACUAAAGAUAGGGGCCAUGUGGCUAAGUCAUGGGUCCCACAGAUUGCGGUGUUGGGUCAUGAAUCGGUGGGUGGGUUUGUGAGUCAUUGUGGGUGGAACUCAACUUUAGAGGCUGUGGAUGCUGGGGUGCCUAUGGUGGCGUGGCCUCUUUACGCUGAGCAAAGGUUUAAUAAGAUUCUGAUUGUGGAGGAGAUCGGGAUAGCAUUACCAAUGGAUGAAAAUGAAGAUUGGUUUGUGAGUUCAAGUGAGAUUGAGAAGCGAGUUAAGCAAAUUUUGGGCUCGGAAGGAGAUAUUGUAAGAAAACAAAUGCUCAAAAUGAGUGAGAAGGGUAAAAUUGCUCUCAAUGAAGGACAAUCAUCUAAUGUUGCAUUAACUGCGCUAAUGGAAUCAUGGAUACAUUGAAGAUUGUACAAUGUUAUAUAAGUUGCUAUGCUGACAUUACAAUUUCUGGGUUUUACUUUUUUUUUAAAGCUUUCUAGUCUCUACUUCUGUUAAAUCCUUAAUAAGCUUAAUUACUUGUGCAAUUGUUCUGGAAUUCUCAAUUUGUUAGAAAUAAUGAAGUGAUCUUUGGAUGUUGCCUAUA